AUGAGUGCGGCUUCUGACCGUUCAGACGGCAGGGCCAAUGAGCAGCGAGCAGCGGGCUGGGACGAAACGAACUCGCGCCGUUACGAAUUUGCCUACGUUGCCUCGGCGCUUGGGCCCAUCCGACGCAUCAGUCGCAAAGCGCUGCCGCCAAAGUGGUCCGCUUUUUUUCCCCUCCACGAUGGCUGCCUCUUUGUGUCGAUCGUAUCCGACGACGAUUGUACGCCGUACAUACCACGUAUUCCGUGCCCCUCGAUGGGGGACCUCCCGGAGGCUGCACAACUGCACGACUACACGACAGCGCAGCGCCAAACGGCCGGCCAACGAACCAGCCAUGCCAUGCCGGGCUGUCAUGCGAGGGAUGACCGGAGCUUCUUCGGUGCUUCGCUGGUCUGCCUCUCUCGCUCUACUGGAUGGGGUUUGGCUAGCUGGUUUGACCUCCCGCAGGGCUCGCCACCAGGCAGCCCGUACGGAGGAUCUCGUCGUCCUCGCUCCCAAUGGCCCCAAUUCACCUCACCAUGUCCCGCACAGAGCCCAGACGGGACCCGAACAUCAGAGCCCACUAUCACGGUGAGCCAGGUGCCACUGACGCAGAGCCAGAUCCCCUUUGUGGGGUCACAGACGAUCUUCUCAGUAGUUGGAAUGACUAUUGCCAAGCCCUGGCUCGCACGCCAAUCAUGCCGGGCUAGCGGGUUCCAUGCGGAGGUCGUUGUGAUUCGAACCCGAGCGCUUGACGCCGGUCGGAUGGGUCGUUCCACUGGCGGGCGGGUUUACCCACCCACUGGAGGAGGGCCCAGCCCGUCAGUCAGCAUCCGAUCGAUUGGUGUUCCCCGUUCGCGACGGUCUCAGUGGGUAGUGGUCGCUUGUGCGCUCACUCUAUAA